UAUUCUUCUAUCUUCCACAUGAAAUUAAUUAUUGGGAAGUCAUUAAUGAGCUAAUAAAAGAGCAAGUAAUUCCCAACAAGGGGUUAGUUUAUGGGUCCAUGUGUGACUUACAUCUGCAGACAAAUAUUUUAACCAUGAGUUAGUUUGUAUGCGUAUAUAUAACUCCAAAAACUCUCUUGUUAUCCCUGGUAGCAUGGCAGAAUUUCCUCCCAUAUCCAAAGGCCAGUAUCUCAAUCUCUUUCUCAACAUAUCCUUUCUUUUCCUCAUCUUCUUGUGCCUCACAACCCAUUUCUAUUCAUCCAAUUCUAAUUUCCUCAACCAGUUCAAAACAUUUCCCAAUGCCAUGACAGCACCAUACCAUGAUUCUGAUACUGGUUGCAGACAGCUUCACGAGUACUCUGAUAGGGAAGCAAAGUGCUCCUAUGUGAAAUCUCAUACAGGAUGCCAAAAUGGAGGUUACAUAUCCUAUCUCCAGCUCUUUUACUGCAACUUUGACCCGGUGCUAGGCUACUCAGCACUCAUCCUCUGGCUUGCAGUUCUAUUCUAUUUGUUGGGCAACACAGCUGCCAAUUACUUUUGUUGUUCAUUAGAGGGCUUGUCAAGAAUUUUGAAGCUUUCUCCAAACAUAGCUGGUGUUACUCUUCUUUCACUGGGAAACGGUGCACCCGAUCUCUUUGCCAGCAUAGUCUCUUUCAUGGGAGAUGAGACUGACAAGGUCGGCCUCAAUAGCAUUUUGGGUGGCGCAUUCUUUGUAUCAAGCAUAGUUGUUGGGAUUAUAAGCAUUUCUGUCUGUCAUUCUGGACCGUCCAUUGAAAGGUCCAGCUUCAUAUGGGAUGUUACUUUCUUCCUUCUCUCCUUGGCUUGCCUACUUGUCAUCAUAAUGUUGGGAAAAAUUAAUUUGUGGGGUGCUAUCUCUUUUUUUUCUCUGUAUUUUAUAUAUGUACUCUUCAUAUCCACCUCACAUCUAUGCCAUCGUAAAGAGGGAGUAGGGGAUGAUAGUGCAGCAUCUGGAUCUCCAAUACUGCCUGUUACUAGGAACUUUCUCGAGUACCAAACAGAAGGACUAUGUGAAGUGGAAGAGCCUUUGUUAGGUUUUGUGGGUGAUGAUAAGCCAAUUUUGAUGGAAAAAGCGGGACUAGUUCAAGUUGGUGAUGACAGGAAACGAAGAAGAAGGUGUUUGGAUCUUCAACCUUCAACUUCUAGUCACUUGUUUGUUUGCAGGCUCUUGUUCUUUCUGGAGCUGCCACUUUACUUGCCUAGAAGGCUAACAAUUCCGGUCAUCACCGCCGAGAGAUGGUCGAAACCAUUUGCAGUGGUCUCAGUGACAAUAGCUCCCGUUCUAGUAGCUGUUGUUUGGAAUUCGCAUGGCUCCAAACCAAGCUGGCUGGUUUACCUGAUUGGUGCGUCAGUUGGGACCAUUUCUGGAGUUGUGGCAUUUUUCACCACAGAGAGGUCUAACCCACCAACGAAGUGGCUGUUCCCAUGGCAUGCUGGAGGGUUUUUGAUGAGCAUCACAUGGACAUAUAUUGCAGCAGACGAGCUUAUUUCCCUGUUGGUCUCACUGGGAUUGAUAUUAGGGAUAAGCCCUUCAAUCCUAGGGCUGACUGUCCUUGCAUGGGGUAACUCCCUUGGGGACUUGGUAUCCAAUGUUACCAUGGCACUAAAUGGAGGAGCAGAGGGUGCCCAAGUGGCUCUAUCAGGAUGCUAUGCAGGCCCCAUAUUCAAUACACUGAUUGGCUUGGGAUUGCCACUUGCUUUCUCAGCCUGGUCAGAGUACCCAGCAUCUUACAUCAUCCCCAAAGACAAUUCAGACUAUGAAACUCUGGGGUUUCUAAUGGGUGGCUUGCUUUGGGCCCUUGUAAUCCUUCCCAAGAGAAACAUGGUGCUUGAUAGGUGCCUAGGUGGUGGGCUUGUGGCCAUAUAUCUCUGCUUUCUCUCUCUAAGAAUUGCAAGAGCUCUGGUGCCUACAUCUUAGGCUGUAUGCAUGUGUAUUAUGUAAUUGAUACCUAUGAAUCUGUGUUCCACUGAAUUGUUUAUUUA